AUGACUCACACUGAGGAGGACGGCGUCAUUGGGGUCCUAUCCAUGAUGGUGGAAGAUGUCGGCGAGGCCGCCACGAGAAACAUCAAUGGCGCUCAUCUUCUUCACGAACUCCUGAGCGCUCCGUGGCUCCGCGCCCUGCUUCAGAUUUAUGAGUGCCUGUUGACUUUCAAGAGAAUUUUGCCCCGCCCUCUCCUGUCUCACGCUUCGGGACUUUCACGCGAGGUCCAGGGUGUCCUGCAUACAGUCCAGACUCCUUCUGUGGAGGCUACAGAGCUUCAGAUCCUCCUGAGCUCUCCACACAUAAAGGCUCUGUUGUCCUGUCACGACGCCGUGGCUCAAGCAGACUUCGGACCCGUCUUGGCGCCGCUACCUGACGGGCCGGCUGAAGAUAAGGACGUCGUGAGGAUCGUUUGUUUGGCUAAGAAUGAACAACCUCUGGGGGCCACCAUAAGGAAGGACAAGGAGACCGGAGAAAUAUUUAUCGCAAGAGUUAUUCGUGGAGGACUUGCAGACCGUAGCGGUCUUCUCCAUCCUGGGGAUCAUCUGCUGGAGGUGGAUGGGAAGCCACUGGUCGGGUUGGACCCCGAGCAGGUCAUCCAGAUGCUGAUGAGGUCAGAGGGCACCAUUCUCUUCAAAGUAGUUCCAAACACCUUCCAGCUGAGCAGCAUCAACAAACCAGUCUACAUGAGGUCCAUGGUGGACUACUGUCCCUUGCGGGACUCUUCCAUACCCUGCCCUGAUGUUGGGGUUUUCUUCAGUAAGGGGGAAGUGCUGGAGGUCUUGGACCAGUCAGAUGGACAGUGGUGGCAGGCCAGGAAGCUCACCAGCUCAGCCUCUUUUGUUGGAUUAAUUCCAUCCGCCGCCACGUUGAAGAGGUUACCUGACACCACAACUAACCUCAUCAUGCUGUGGUGGUGUAUCGUUUGUGAUGAUGUCAUCAGUAAAGAGAAGGAACAGAGGGAUCAAAAGGAGUGUAAAGAUGAUAAGCAUGACAAGGAUGAGUGUGGCGGUGGAGGCAGCAGAGCAGAGGAGGAACCUCAAGAGAAAUGCACUGCGGAGUCAGAACCAUCAGAAUUUCCUGAUGGGCUCUACCUUGCGGGUUUCCGUCGUAGUUUUUGUCUGUUGAGGAGGUCGCUGUCCAAGAGAAGGCGAAUGUCUUGCACCAGCAUCGCCACCUCCUGUUCCACUGUGGCCACGCCCUACGAGGAAGUGGUCCUGUACCGACGACCCCCACAGGACCACCACCGACUCAUCAUCCUCGUAGGCGCGUCCGGAGUAGGCAUCAAUAAACUGAGACAGACCCUCAUUAAACUCAACCCGGACACAUACGAGGGAACAACUCCACACACCACCCGACCAAUCAGAGCGUGGGAACAGACAGGCAGAGAGUAUCACUUUAUCAACAAAGAGCUCUUUGACUUCAUGGUGUGCAGCCACAGGUUUGUGGAAUACGGCGAGUAUAAGGGCCACAAGUACGGGACCAGCAUUGACGCCAUCGACGAGGUCAUCAAACGGGGACGUGUGUGCAUCGUUGACAUCCAACCACAUAACAUUCCUUCACUGAGGACCUGGAAGUACAAGCCAUAUGUGAUCUUCAUCAAAGCUCCCACCUUGGAGAAACUUGCACAAACUAGAGUGAACGCCAGAAUCAUUUGCAGUUACCUGCACAACAGAUACAUCACUAAUCAAGACCUUCUGGACCUGGGGGAGUCGUCUCUGCAGAUGGAGCAGAAGUACAAACAUUUGUUUGAUGAAGUGCUAGUCAAUGAGCAGCUAAGUGACACUUGUGCUAAGCUUCAUGCCGCUAUCCUCCGGGCACAGGUGGAUGAAAACUGGAUACCUGUCAGAUGGACGCGAGCCUAGGACGAACUGGACACUAAAUAUGGACUAGCAUCACAGGAAGCUAUAGCACGGACAACUGCUAAAUUUCAGUACACCAUUAACAUUGACGAGCAGCUAGCGCCACCUGCAGGCUGUGUGAAUGUGCAGGCAUGCGAACAACUUACAAACAAAUUAAAGUUCAAUGUCAAUA